AUGAUCCCAUUAAUCCUAAUCUUUAUCUUUAUUCAAUUAAUCAGUGUAUCAUCACAAGUUUCGAUUACAGUCACGCCAAAAUCCAUUUCCAAAUCCGGUGAUUCGGUUACCAUCCAAUGGUCCGGUAUUGAUUCCCCUGGAAAACUCGACUGGCUCGGAAUAUACUCUCCGGCAAAUUCUUCCAACAAGAAUUUCAUCGGGUAUUUUUUCCUUUCUUCCUCGCCGGGAUGGGAAUCCGGAUCGGGUUCGAUUACGCUUCCGUUGGUGAGUCUGCGAUCGGAUUAUCAGUUCCGGAUCUUCCACUGGCCGGAGACCGAAGUCAAUAAGAAGCACAUGGACCAUGAUCACAAUCCCCUGCCAGGGACCAAGCACCUGUUGGCGGAAUCGGAUCGUGUCCGGUUUGAACCGGGUCGGGGUCCUGAGCAGGUGCACCUUGCGUUGACGGGUAAGGAGGGGGAGAUGCGGGUCAUGUUCGUGACCCCUGAUGGGAAUGAGAGAUUUGUGAAAUACGGGUUGUCCCCGGAGAAUAUGGACCGGGUAGUGAGCACCCGAGUUGAAAGGUAUGAGAGAGAGGAUCUCUGUGAUGCCCCGGCUAAUGAGAGUAUAGGUUGGAGAGACCCUGGGUCUAUCCAUGAUGGGAUCAUGGUUAAUUUGCAGAAAGGAAAGAGGUAUUAUUAUCAGGUUGGUAGUGAUUCUGGAGGUUGGAGCACAACUUAUAGCUUUGUGUCACCAAAUGAGGAUUCAAGUGAAACGAUUGCGUUCUUAUUUGGGGACAUGGGGACUGCAACUCCGUACUCAACUUUUGUCCGUACGCAGGAUGAGAGCAUAUCCACUGUCAAGUGGAUAAGCCGAGAUAUUGAAGCGCUUGGCGACAAGCCCGCCUUGAUCUCCCAUAUUGGAGACAUUAGCUAUGCCAGAGGCUACUCUUGGUUGUGGGACAACUUCUUCUAUCAGAUUGAACCUGUUGCAUCCAAAGUCCCCUAUCAUGUAUGUAUCGGUAAUCACGAAUAUGAUUGGCCAUCACAGCCUUGGAAGCCCGACUGGGCCAAUGGGAUUUAUGGGAAAGAUGGGGGUGGAGAAUGUGGGGUGCCCUACAGUCUCAGAUUCCACAUGCCUGGAAACUUCUCAGAGCCUACUGGAACUCGAGCCCCUUAUACAAGGAACCUUUACUACUCAUUCGACAUGGGGGUAGUCCACUUUGUAUAUUUUUCAACAGAAACCAAUUUCCUCAAAGGUAGCAAACAGUACGAGUUUUUGAAGCAUGACUUGGAAUCAGUAGAUAGAAAUAGGACCCCUUUUGUGGUCGUCCAGGGGCACAGGCCAAUGUACACGACCAGCUAUGAAUCAAGAGAUGCCCCACUGAGAGACAGGUUGCUCGAGCACCUAGAACCUCUUCUUGUAAAGAACAAGGUGACACUUGCAUUAUGGGGUCAUGUACACAGAUAUGAGCGGUUCUGUCCUCUAAGCAACUUCACGUGUGGAAGCUUGGGCAUUAAUGAGGAGGAAUGGAAGGCGUACCCCGUGCACCUUGUGAUUGGGAUGGCCGGACAAGAUUGGCAACCUAUCUGGCAGCCACGGCCAGACCACCUGACUGAUCCUAUUUUUCCACAACCAGUUCGGUCAUUGUAUCGUGGUGGUGAGUUUGGCUACGUUCGACUUGUCGCGAAUAAGGAUAAGCUCACAUUAUCUUAUGUAGGAAACCAUGAUGGAGAGGUGCACGAUGUGGUAGAGAUCAUGGCUUCGGGUCAAGUUCUUAAUGGCAUUGUUACUCGUGAUGGUGUUGCAGGGAGGGACAAGGUGGAAUCAACAUCUUCAUGGUAUGUUAUGGGCGCCGGUGUACUUAUGCUCGGAGCUUUUAUAGGGUAUAUUUUUGGAUUCGUAACUCGCUCGAGAAAGGAUGCUGCUCUAGGGAAUAGAUGGACUCCAGUGAAAAGUGAUGAAGCUUCAUGA